CCGCCAUUUUUUGAAAAUCGGGAGGGUCCGGAGCGAAGUGUAGCCGCCGCGAUGGCAGCCUUUGCCGUGGAACCCCAGGCUACCACGUUGGGAUCUGAACCAAUGAUGCUGGGUUCGCCCACAUCUCCAAAACCAGGGGUUAAUGCCCAGUUCUUACCUGGAUUUUUAAUGGGGGAUUUACCAGCACCAGUGACUCCACAACCUCGAUCAAUUAGUGGUCCUUCAGUAGGAGUAAUGGAAAUGAGAUCACCUUUAAUUGCAGGGGGGUCACCACCACAACCAGUUGUACCAGCUCAUAAAGAUAAAAGUGGAGCACCACCAGUGAGAAGUAUAUAUGAUGACAUUUCUAGCCCAGGACUUGGAUCAACACCUUUAACCUCAAGAAGACAGCCAAACAUAUCAGUAAUGCAGAGUCCUCUUGUUGGAGUUAUGACAACUACUCCUGGAACAGACUUUUCCAAAUGGCAAAGUAUGUUUAGUCCAGCAAACAUUGGUCAACCACGAAAGACAACAUUAUCUCCUGCGCAGUUGGAUCCUUUUUAUACUCAAGGAGAUUCUCUGACUUCUGAAGAUCACCUCGAUGACACAUGGGUAACUGUGUUCGGGUUCCCUCAGGCAUCUGCUUCCUAUAUAUUAUUACAAUUUGCACAAUAUGGGAAUAUCUUAAAACAUGUGAUGUCUAAUACCGGAAAUUGGAUGCAUAUUCGUUAUCAAUCUAAACUGCAGGCUCGGAAAGCCUUAAGCAAAGAUGGGAAGAUUUUUGGCGAGUCCAUCAUGAUUGGUGUAAAACCAUGUAUAGAUAAAAGUGUUAUGGAAAACAGUGACAGGUAUGCUGUAUCAUCUUCAUCUCUAGCCUUUACACCACCAAUCAAAACCUUAGGAACACCAUCCCAGCCUGGGAGUACUCCUAGGAUUUCUACCAUGAGACCUCUUGCUACAGCAUACAAAGCUUCUACUAGUGACUAUCAGGUCAUUUCUGACAGACAGACGCCAAAAAAAGAUGAAAGUCUUGUAUCCAAAGCAAUGGAGUACAUGUUUGGCUGGUAGUAUAGUGAGAGCUAAGAACUCCACCAACUACAAAGGAAGAGGCUGCUACAC